ACAAUUUCUUGUCUCUCACGGAACACACAGAAACAACAAAAAGAAAGAUUUCGCAGAGAUCAAAUCGAUUCCAUCACGUGUGUAACCGCAAUGCGCAAUUGGGAGAACCCGGUUAUGCUUGCGUGUAACACGGCUUCAAAGAAAAAUCUACCUUCUUGUAUUGUCUUCAUCAUCAUCUUCAUCACCUUGUUAUGUCCGGCCGUAAUGUCUCAAGUGGUUGUGCCAGGUUCAGACGCAGAUUGUCUCUUGAGAUUCAAAUAUACAUUAGCAAAUGGUUCGGUGUUUUUUAGUUGGGAUCCAUCAACAUCACCAUGUCAAGGAAAUGACGCAAAUUGGUUCGGUGUUCUUUGUAGCAACUACGUUUGGGGGUUACAACUCGAGGGACUUGAAUUAACCGGGAAACUAGACCUCGACCCAUUGGUUCCUAUGAAGAAUCUACGAACCAUAAGCUUCAUGAACAAUGAAUUCGAUGGACCAAUGCCUCAAGUUAAGAGGCUCACUUCGUUGAGAUCUUUGUAUUUGUCUAAUAACCGGUUUUCGGCGGAGAUACCCGCGCUUGCAUUUCAAGAUAUGCCUCAUUUGAAGAAGAUUUUGCUGGCUAAUAAUGCCUUCCGAGGAACAAUCCCUUCUUCUUUAGCUUCUUUGCCAAGGCUUGUAGAGGUGAGGCUAAAUGGUAAUCAAUUUCAAGGGCAGAUACCACAUUUCAACCAGAAGGAUCUUAAGUUAGCUAGCUUUGAGAACAAUGACCUUGCUGGACCGAUACCUGAAAGCCUCCAAAACAUGGAUCCAGGCUCUUUUGCAGGUAACAAAGAUUUGUGUGGUCCUCCCUUAAGUCCAUGUUCUAUUUCCCCUCCAGUAAUUCCUGUUGAUCCAAGGUCUCAUCCAAGUCCUCCUCUUAGUCCUCCACAGGGGAACAAGACCGGUUCAUUUAGCACUAUAGCGAUCAUUAUGAUUGUUCUUGGCAUACUACUAGUGAUCAUCGCACUUGUGUUCUGUUUCCUUCAGUCAAGAAGAAGAAGAAAUUUCUUGUCAGCUUAUUCUUCCUCUGGUAAGGAAAGUGUAGAGAGCUACACUUAUCAUGAACCAGUGGUUAGGACCAAUAAACCCGCGGAAUCUCUUGUGAAUCACGCAAGGAGAAGAUCAACGCCUGAUCCAGGAGGCAGGCUUCUAUUUGUGCGGGACAAUGUUCAAAGAUUUGGUCUUCAAGAUCUUCUUAAAGCUUCAGCUGAAGUUCUUGGUAGUGGAACGUUUGGUGCUUCAUACAAAGCAGCAAUACCUAGCGGACAAACAUUGGUCGUGAAGAGGUAUAAACAUAUGAACAAUGUCGGAAGAAAUGAGUUUCAUGAGCAUAUGAGAAGGCUAGGGAGGUUAAACCAUCCGAAUCUAUUGCCUCUCGUCGCUUACUAUUACCGGAGAGAAGAGAAGCUUUUAGUCACUCAGUUUAUGUCUAAUAAUAGCUUGGCAAGCCAUCUUCAUACUAAUCAUUCAGCGGAUCAACCUAGUUUGGAUUGGAUCACACGUCUAAAGAUCAUAAAAGGAGUAGCAAAGGGUUUAUAUUACUUGUUCAACGAGUUACCAACAUUAACUAUCCCUCACGGUCAUAUAAAGUCAUCAAACGUGGUUUUAGAUGAAUCACUCGAGCCGUUGCUAACAGAUUACGCUCUAAGACCAGUGAUGGGCUCAGAGCACGCGCACAACUUCAUGACUGCAUACAAAACACCAGAGUAUGGACCGGCAAAAGAACAAGUCUUGACAAAGAAGACAGAUGUUUGGUGUCUCGGUGUGUUGAUAUUAGAGGUUUUGACAGGGAGAUUCCAUGAGAAUUAUUUGUCGCAAGGUUAUGAUCCAAACAUGAGUCUUGUGACUUGGGUUAGUGACAUGGUUAAGGAGAAGAAAACAGGUGACGUGUUUGACAAGGAAAUGGAAGGGAAGAAGAAUUGUAAAGGGGAAAUGAUUAAUUUGUUGAAAAUAGGGUUGAGAUGUUGUGAAGAGAAAGAAGAGAGGAGGAUGGAGAUGAGAGAAGCUGUGGAGAUGAUUGAGAUGUUGAGAGAAGGAGAAUCUGAUGAUGAGUUUGGUUCCAUGGAUCAACGAGUGAGUAAUGAUUUAUAUUCUUCAAUGUUGUGGGACGAUGAUGACUCGUUGAAUCGAUGAGUUAUUCGGAUUUUCAGUCAUUUCUUUCUAGGAAUCAUUUGAACAUGUAUAAAAGUGCCGUGGUGGCUUUACCCGAGAGAAGAAAGAAGAACAUGUGAUGGAUUGUUCUUCUUUCUAUUGUUAGUGCAGAUCAUUAAGAAAAAUGUAUGAGCAGUUU